GUGGCCUCUUUCUGUUGCAGAGGUAAAAUCGUCCUUUCCGAGAUGAGACUGUUGUACUCUCACCUGUACAGCUGCUCGUAUUAUUGCCGCCAGGAAUUUCCACUGCAAUUACGCCCUCAUGACUUCAAUAUCACCUACACAAAUAGCUCAUCCCAUCCCCCCUUGGUCAUUACUAUCAGAGCAACUUACAAUUCCAGGUACUCUGAUCGGUUGACAGGUUGAGCUGCAGCACAGUGCACAUCGACGUACGUCCCGCCAUUAACCACUUGGCGCUCUCUCAGCACCUCCUGGUUCACCAGUUUUCCGGGGUGGAUCGAUAUUUUCCCUUGCUCUCCUCCGUUGCGUACAACCUCGAUCGAACCCAUCGCUUCGGGAGUAUUCACUUGUCACCACGCGGAUGCUUCACUUACCUUUGUUCGGCGCUUUGAGAGAGAUCUCAUCAGGAAGAACGUAGCCAGCUCAAUAUUACUCGUCAUUCUCUGUCAUUGUCGAGGAACCGUUUGGUUGACCUGCAGCUAAAAUCGGUUGGUUUAAUCGAGCUCCUGAAUUGAGCUUAUUGGUUCUGCCCGUAAAGCAGUCUUUGCCUUUGGUUGCUGUGGCUUGAAGAGUCUCAACCGCACUUCGACAAUGCGUUCCUUGCAUACAAUGGGGUCCGACAACAACAAAAAAAAAUCACACAACUAAGCUGGUGUGACUUCUCAUUCUGUCAGUGAGGUACACGUACAUGAAUUUAUAACCUGAGGUCACUUCACAUUCCCUCCAGCUCUGUGGGUACAUCGCUAAAAACGCGUGCCUGAUGUCGCCUUUCCAUUGACGCAAGAUAUUUGGUGCACGUAUAUAUGGAUAUGGGUCAUUGUGUCUGUGGAACUCAGGGUAUAGAGUCGUAGGUUUGAUCAGGGACUGUAACGGAUGAGCGCGGGCUGAGCUUCACUGGCGAGGCUUCUAUGAGCCUUGUACCUGAGUACUAAAGAUUUGUCUUGGAACCUUCAAUCGUAUUUUCGCAAUCAUCUCUUGAUACUCUCAGAACUUUUCUUUCGUCUGCGGCCAAAGAGUCCCGCAAUAGUCUUUGGCUGCCAGUGUGGGAAAGGGCAGUUCUUCCUGCCGGCAGCUCAGAUCGGCUUCACGUGAACUGAACAUGGGAGAACAGGCUGCCGUCCUGGCUGAAUGGCCAUGGGAGUCACUCGGGAAUUACAAGUAUUGGUUUUACGCGCCAUUUCUUUUCAAAUUGUUCCAGUCCUACUUCCUCGGAGUUCGUGCCGCGGGGGACACCUGGUAUUUCUACAUGUUGGUCCUGAUGAUUGGGCGGUACGCGGUGCAACAAUUCUGGAACACACUCACGCGUCUGCACUCCUUGGUGCAAAAAUACGAAAUACAUGCAUAUGCAGUGGGGUUUGAACAAAUUGACAGAGAGUUUCAUUCAGACAACCACAUAAUGCUGCAGUUUCUUUUCAUUUCUCUAGCUCAUGCAUGGUUCCCGGGACUUCGCAAUAUGCCAAACUGGAAUGCACAAGGUCUUCUGUGGGUGAUCCUAUUCCACGCUGGUGUCACUGAGCCUGUCUACUACUGGAUGCACCGGGCUUUCCACACUGACAGUCUUUACAAGAAAUACCACUCUCUCCACCAUCUUUCUGUAGUCCCUGAACCGCCCACAGGAUUUGUUACCACCAUGUUAGAGCAGGGGCUCCAGUCUAUUCUGGUGUGUAUUCCCAUUGUGGGAGCGGCAGCCAUGGGCACCGCCUCCAUGGGUUUAGUUUUCGUGUAUGUGCUCACUUUUGACUUCCUCAAAUGCUGGGGUCACAGCAAUGUUGAGUUUGUGCCAGCCUGGUUCCGAAACCUCCCUGGGGUGAAGUACCUGCUAUACACACCCUCGUACCAUUCACUCCAUCAUACAGAACAGAAAAGCAACUUCUGCCUCUUCAUGCCAAUAAACGACUACCUGGGUGGAACUGUCGACCCUAAAACUGAAUCAUACCAUGCUGAGUUAAGAAAAGAGAAACCAGACGAGGUGCCCGAUUUCGUAUUUCUGGCGCACUGCAUCGACGUCCUCUCCUCGUUGCAAGUGUCCUUUUGUUUUCGGACUGCCGCAGCUCAUCCUUACACGUGCCACUGGUUCCUGUGGCCGCUGUGGCCACUUACUCUUAUCUUUCUAUUUGUCUUCUGGAUCGUUGCUGACGUUUUUGUCGCGCACAAGUACUACCUCAACAAGCUCAAGUGCAUGGCCUGGAUUGUCCCUUGUCACGGUUUUCAGUAUUUUUUACCUUUUGGGCUGGACCGCAUAAACAAGUUCAUCGAGAAUUCCAUUCUUGAAGCGGACGAGAAAGGAGUGAAGGUUCUGAGCCUUGCUGCACUCAACAAGAAUGAAUCGCUGAAUGGCGGAGGCUUGCUCUUUGUGAAGAAACAUCCCAAUUUGAGGGUGCGCGUGGUACAUGGAAACACGCUCACUGCGGCAGUCAUCAUCAAAACUUUACCUUCGGAUGUGAAGGAAGUAUUCAUGAACGGAGCGACCUCCAAACUGGGCCGCGCCAUCGCGCUCUACCUUUGCUCUCGCGGCAUCAGAGUGAUGAUGCUCACGACUUCCAAGGACCGUUUCGACACCAUUCAGAGAGAGGCUCCGGGUGAAUUCAAAAACAACCUCAUCCAUGUCACAAAAUACCAGGCCGGGAGCAAAUGCAAGACAUGGAUAGUGGGGAAGUGGACAUGGCAAAAGGAUCAGCAAUGGGCGCCUCCGGGAACCCACUUCCACCAGUUCGUUGUGCCUGCCAUUGGCGAGUGGCGGAAGGACUGCACCUACGGAAGGCUUGCAGGAAUGAAGCUGCCAGACAGGGGCGUGAAGGGAUUGAGGACCUGCGAGAUGAACAUGGAGAGAAGGGCUGUGCAUGCAUGCCACGCCGGGGGCCUCGUCCACGCCCUGGAGGGGUGGACUCACCACGAGGUGGGUGCCAUCGAUGUAGACCGCAUUGAUGUUGUGUGGGCCGCGGCGAUGCGACAUGGAUUUGCUGCAAUCGCUUGAGCAGUGUAUACAGUUCCAGUUCAUUGAAGGUGACAGAUUGAUGAUUCAGCUUGGAGUGAUCUCACGAGGUUCGUGGAGAUGAAUGUGUGUACAAUCAUCCGUCACCAAGUAGUAACAGCAUUGUAGUGGAUAAUACGAGAAGGACGGCCGAAGGCCUACUGAAAGAUAUUUGUAGCUUUCCCUCAAUUAGUAUUCUUUACAAUCGCAUCGGACAUUUUCAUUGAAUUUAAUGAUCAUUUCAAUUCAUGUUGACACAGACCUAGGUAUGGAUUUUAGGGAGGCUUAACAAAAUGAAAGCAUCAGCUCAAGGCACUGAUGUUUUAGAGCCAGAAUGGGCCAUCUAUCUUAAAAGAUGAUGAGCCAUUUUUUAAGGCUGCAAGCCAUUCAAAUAUGUUAAUAAAUUACACUUCCUUGUUUUUUUU